AUGUCGGAUCCAGUGGGUGAUGAUGGUGGUGGUGCGAUGUCGGAUGCAGUGGGUGUUGGGUCUGAAUCUUUUGAGGAGAAGAUUCAAGAGGCGGUUCAUUCUUACCACCAUAACUCUUCUUCUUCUUCUUCUUCCUCAGAUAGUGAAGAUGAUAAAUUUUCUGGGGAGAAGUUUCGCCUUUUUGGCCGAGAGAAACCGGUUCAUACCGCCUUUGGCGGUGGCAAAUAUGCUGACAUUAUACUUUGGCGGAACAAGCAGAUCUCAGCAGGCUUGCUUGCUGGUUCAACUGUCAUAUGGCUACUCUUUGAGUGGAUUGGUUAUCAUGUGCUUACUUUUGUUUGCCACUCUCUAAUACUUUCGUUGGCAGUGCUGUUCCUGUGGUCCAAUCUAUCUUCUUUUCUCCACAAGGCUCCUCUGCACUUUCCUGAGGUUGUAUUACCUGAGGACCUGUUCAUGAGUAUUGCUCUGUUACUGAGGGACCGAAUUAACCAGGCAUUUGUUAUCUUUCGUGAAGUGGCUUCCGGAAAUGAUAUCAAGAAAUUUCUCUAUGCAAUUGUGGGCUUGUGGGUUCUUUCUGUUGUUGGCAGCUGGUUCCAUUUUUUGACACUUACAUACAUCAUUUUUGUGAUGGUACUGUCAGUACCCUUAUUGUAUGAAAUGCAUGAAGAUCAAGUGGAUGCUUAUGCUGAGAAGGCAACAGUUGAAAUUAAGAAACAAUACACAGUGGUAGAUGAGAAGGUUUUUCAGAAACUGCCAAAAGUUCCUUUCCUGAAGAUUAAUAAGCAGCAUUAA